AUGCCACCAGCAUCUGCAUCCAAGGCUAAAAGAGAGGCCAAGAAGGCCGAGAGGGAUGCCAAGAGAGCCGCAGAGGGUAAAACUGUGCGUGCUACCAAGAAGACCAACGAGACCGAAGAUGAGGUCGAGGCCACCGCUCGUGAAGUGGCCCAAAUGAAACUACAACUCGACAAAGACGGUCUUUCGGACCGUGUGGUCACCGGUGUAUUGGACUCGCUGAAAACUUCCCGUGAUAUCAAACUUUCGUCUGUUUCGCUACUUUUCCACGGUAAAGUCUUGAUUCAGGACUCCCAAGUGGAACUCAAUUACGGCCGUCGUUACGGUCUACUAGGUGAGAACGGUUGCGGUAAGUCUACUUUUCUAAAAUCGCUCGCUACUCGCGAAUUCCCAAUCCCAGAACACAUCGACGUUUACCUGCUGGACGAGCCCGCUGAGCCUUCUGAGUACUCCGCUUUGGAAUACGUGGUCACCGAAGCUCAAAACGAACUCAAGCGUCUAGAAGAUCUCGUUGAAAAGACUAUCAUUGAAGAAGGACCUGAAUCGGACGUUCUAGAGGGUAUCUACGAACGUAUGGACUCUUUGGACCCUUCGACUUUCGAAAGCAGAGCUGCCGUCAUCUUGAUCGGUUUGGGUUUCAACUCCAAAACCAUCAACAAGAAGACCAAAGACAUGUCUGGUGGAUGGAAAAUGCGUGUCGCUUUGGCCAAGGCCUUGUUCGUCAAGCCAACCCUUCUGUUGCUAGAUGACCCAACUGCCCAUUUGGAUCUUGAGGCCUGUGUGUGGUUGGAAGAAUACUUGAAAAGAUUCGACAGAACUUUGGUCCUAGUUUCCCACUCCCAAGAUUUCUUGAACGGUGUCUGUAGCAACAUGAUCGAUAUGCGUAUGCAAAGAUUGAAUGCCUACGGUGGUAACUUCGAUUCCUAUGUCAAGACUCGUAGUGAACAGGAGACCAACCAAAUGAAACAGUAUGCCAAACAACAAGAAGAAAUUGCCCACAUCAAGAAGUUUAUUGCCUCCGCUGGUACUUAUGCCAACUUGGUCAGGCAAGCCAAAUCCAGACAAAAGAUUUUGGAUAAGAUGGAAGCUGAUGGUCUUAUCGAACCUGUCGUUCCCGACAAGGUGUUCUCUUUCCGUUUCCCAGAAGUCGAAAGACUGCCUCCUCCUGUAUUGGCUUUUGAUGACAUAUCUUUCGCGUACGACGGUAAAGCUGAAAACAACCUGUAUGAGCAUUUGAACUUCGGUGUCGAUAUGGAUUCCAGAGUUGCGCUCGUGGGACCUAAUGGUGUGGGUAAAUCCACCCUUCUGAAAAUCAUGACCGGUGAUCUAUCUGCUCAAUCUGGUCGUGUUUCUCGUCACACUCACGUUAAACUUGGUGUGUACUCUCAGCACUCUCAGGAUCAAUUGGACUUGAGCAAGACGCCUUUGGAAUUCGUGCGUGAUAAAUAUUCUAGCAUUUCCCAGGACUUCCAGUACUGGAGAGGUCAACUAGGCCGUUACGGUUUGACCGGUGAGGCUCAGACAUCGCAAAUGGGUACCUUGUCGGAAGGCCAGCGUUCUCGUGUGGUCUUUGCCAUGUUGGCUCUACAAGCACCUAAUGUCUUGCUGCUGGACGAACCUACUAACGGUCUAGACAUCGCUACUAUUGACUCAUUGGCUGAUGCUAUUAACGAUUUCAACGGUGGUGUAGUGGUGGUCUCGCACGAUUUCAGAUUGUUGGACAAGAUUGCACAGGAUAUUUUUGUUGUCGAGAACAAGACAGCUACCAAGUGGAAUGGUUCUAUCUUGGAUUACAAGAACAAAUUGGCGAAGAACGUUGUUUUAUAA